AUGCUGUUACGUCAUUCUGGAAAUAAUAUAUUUAAAGCAUUGAUCCGUACUUGUCCAUAUAAUUGUAAAUAUUCCACUCGUGAAGAGGAUUCAUUUCGACUUCAUCAAUUUUCGGAGAAAUACCUCAACAAAAGACUGGUAGGAUUCACAGAAAGAUUGAAUAUAUUAAAACCGGAACAAGUGUCAACAUUGCCUAUCUAUCGAGUAACGGAUUCGCUGGGAAAAUUCAUCGAUAAAUCUCUUGAUCCGAAUUUCGAUAAGGAUUUCAGUCUGCAAUUGUACAAAAGUAUGGUCACAUUAAAUCAAAUGGAUAGGAUUUUAUAUGAUUCGCAGCGGCAAGGCCGAAUUUCUUUCUAUAUGACAAGCUAUGGCGAAGAAGCGUGUCAAAUCGGAUCAGCCGCUGCAUUGCAAGGUGAAGAUCUUGUUUACGCUCAAUAUCGAGAAACGGGUGUACUCAUAUGGCGCGGUUUUAGCCUUCCAGAUAUCAUGAAUCAGUGCUAUGGAAAUGCUGAAGAUAAAUGCGGUAAAGCUGCUGUUGAAAUCAUAUUUACGAAAUUAAAUAAAAAUAGAAGUAAAGGCAAGCAAAUGCCUAUACAUUUUGGAUCAAAAAAACACAAUUUUAUGACUAUUUCUUCGCCAUUAUCUACUCAAAUGCCUCAUGCAGUAGGCUCUGCAUAUGCUUUUAAACGUGCAAACAAUAGUCGAGUAGUUAUGGUUUAUUUUGGUGAUGGAGCUGCAUCAGAAGGUGAUGCACAUGCUGCAUUCAAUUUUUCAGCAACUCUGAAUUGUCCGAUAAUUUUUCUAUGCCGAAAUAAUGGCUACGCUAUCAGUACUCCAACAAGCGAGCAGUACGCGGGUGACGGUAUUGCAGGUAAAGGUCCAGGCUAUGGAUUAAAUACUAUCAGAGUUGACGGUAACGACCUAAUCGCUAUGUACAAUGCUACUCAAGAAGCAAGAAAAAUGGCGAUAGAAAAUAACCCAGUAAUUAUUGAAGCCAUGACAUAUAGAAUCGGCCACCAUUCUACAUCUGAUGAUUCAUCGGUUUAUCGAUCUGCAGAAGAAGUCAAAUACUGGCUUGAUAAAGAGCAUCCUAUCAAUAGAUUUAAGACAUAUUUAGUCGACAAAGGUUGGUGGAAUGUGGAAGAAGAUAAAAAUUUGCUGAAAAAGGUAAGGGAAAAUAUAUUGUAUGCUUUUUCAAAUGCGGAGAAAAUACUUAAACCCCAACCGCUUGAAGUGUUUGAAGACGUAUAUAAGGUAAUAUAA